AUGUCUUCAAUGAUUAAUAUCAUAAUACCUAAGGGAAUUGGUCAUCAUGACUCUGUUGACGUCACAAAAUUACCUGAUCCAGUUCCAAGAGGGGUUUUCAAGCCUAUACACCUACCAAAUGGAAAUUCCACACCAAUCACAUUUGACCUUGAAACAACUGAUCUGAUCCGUGACGGCAACUUUCCUCACAUCACUCAGAUAGCAGCCAUGGAACUCGAGACCAGCCAAUCCUUCAACAGAUAUGUUUUGCCCAAACAGCCGAUAGCUGUCACAGCACAACAAGUCACCGGUAUAUCUCUUUCGUGCAAUGAAAUGACAGUCAAUGGGCAUAUUGUUGAACCAUCUAGUGUCACAACAGCACUGAAUGACUUUUGUACAUGGCUGGAAAAGUUUAACAAUGUAAUUCUUGUUGCACAUAAUGGGCGCAGGUUUGACGUUCCAGUUAUUAUAAGUGCCAUCAACAAUGUAAAAUUGCAGGAAAGGUUCUUCAAAUGUGUGUCAGGUUGCACCGAUUCUUUAUCAGUAUUUCGAAAGCAGUAUCCGGGAAGAUCUUCGUACAAGCAAAUAGAUCUGGUUCACGAUAUUUUAGGUGCAACCUAUGGAGCCCAUGAUGCUACUGAAGAUGUACGAGCUCUCGGACAUCUUCUGAAACACUCCGCGUCACACCAAACAGUGCUACCUUUCAGUUUUUCACCAGAAGCUGUGUAUAAAAAUCAGAUAUACAACAGAGAGAAAUCAAAGAAUUUUCCAUCUGUAAGUGUUCUUGUUUCAAGUGGUAUAUGUAAGCUAAACAUUGCUGAAAACAUUGCUGGAUCAGGGCUCAAUCUUUGAACAUCUUAGGACAAUUUUCAGUCGUGAAGGGGAAGACGGCUUGACUAACAUUUUUAUUUCUAAGAAUAGUGAUGGCCAACCUCGUGUCACAAACACUAAGAGAGUAUUAGAGUCCGUCAUUCCUAAACUGGUAGAAUUGUUUAGCAAAAACAGUUGAGUCAAAAUUAUUUAAUGAUUGUUUUAGAGCAGACUGUCUUGUCGGAAAAAAGUGAAAUGCGGAGUGUACAUCAGUGACUUCUAUUGCACAUCAGUGACUGUUAUAGUAGUCGCAACUUGACCGCGAUGGUUGACCUUAGGCUGAUUAUUCAUAUCGAUUAUUUCAUUGUAGAAAAAUGGGGUACUUGGAGUAGCCGUCAAUUUUAAAUUUAUGAAUGCAAAGAGCUGAAGCGUUUUACGUGCACUCCUUUUUCAAUAAUAGGUUGUAUCUAAUUACGUAUUAUAAUAC